AUGGACGCCUACGGUGGAAAUGACGAAGAGAGCGCUGAGUUGCGAAAGCUCUUGGUCGAGGUGAACGAUGACUCGGACAAUUUCGAGGUCUGGGAGAAGCUCGUGCGCGCCGCCGAGGCCCUCGAAGGCGGUAUCAACAGGAACUCGAGUUCGCAGGCGAUCACGGCCGUCCGCAGUGUCUAUGACCGCUUCCUCUUAAAGUUCCCUCUGUUCUUCGGCUACUGGAAAAAGUAUGCCGAUCUGGAGUUCUCGAUAGCGGGGACCGAGGCCGCCGACAUGGUCUACGAACGUGGGAUUGCAAGUAUUUCCAACUCGGUAGAUUUGUGGACAAACUACUGCUCAUUCAAGACCGAGACGAGCCACGACACGGAUGCCAUUCGAGAGCUCUUUGAGAGAGGAGCAGUUUGUGUCGGUCUCGACUUCCUGGCCCAUCCCUUCUGGGACAAGUACAUCGAGUUCGAAGAGCGCAUGGAAGGAUUUGACCGAAUCUUCGCCAUCCUCGGCAGGAUCAUUCACAUCCCUAUGCAUCAAUAUGCGAGAUACUUUGAGAAAUACCGACAGAUGGCACAAUCACGCCCACUCUCUACCAUCGCCCCUUCCGGUACUCUUACCCAACUGCAGAUGGACAUUGAAAGUGAGGGAGCCGGCUACAAAGCUGGCCGAAGCCAGACAGAAGUGGAGCGCGAGUUACGUGCCCGGAUUGACAACUAUCACCUCGAGAUCUUCAGGCGAACACAGACUGAGACUACGAAACGCUGGACCUACGAGUCUGAAAUCAAGCGACCGUACUUCCACGUGACAGACAUUGACGAACCUCAGUUGGCCAAUUGGCGCAAAUAUCUCGACUUUGAGGAGUCAGAAGGCGACUACCUCCGGACCCAGUUCUUAUACGAGCGCUGCUUGGUCACUUGUGCCCAGCACGAGGAAUUCUGGUUACGAUACGCCCGGUGGAUGCUUGCCCAGCAGGGUAAGGAGGAGGAAGUUCGAAACAUCUAUCAAAGAGCAUCGUGUUUCUAUGUGCCUAUUGCCCUGCCAACAAUCAGACUUCAGUAUGCAUAUUUCGAGGAAAUGAGCGGCCGGGUCGAUGUGGCAAAAGACAUACACGAUGCCAUCCUUACUCAACUACCUGGUCACGUUGAGACAAUCGUCUCUUUGGCGAACAUAAAUCGACGUCAUUCGGGCUUGGAGGCUGCUGUUGCCGUGUACCAAACUCGUCUCGAGUCUUCAGCGAUUGAUCCUGCGGCGAAAGCUGCUCUCGUGGCAGAAUUGGCGAAACUACUCUGGAAGGUCAAAGGUUCGCCGGAAGAAGCCCGCCAGGUAUUCCAGAAAAACCAACAUUGGUACCUCGAAAGCCCUGCGUUCUGGUCUAGCUACCUGCGUUUUGAGAUUGAUCAACCUACAAGUGGUGAGACGGAACAACAGCACUACGAGCAGAUUCGGCGGGUGGUGGACGAAAUCCUCAGCAAGAGCGUUCUACCAGAACCCGUUGUCCAGGAGCUCAUCACCACGUACAUGAGGUACCUGCUUGAGAGGGGCACCAAAGAUGCGGCCAAAGAAUAUAUGAAUCUCGAUCGCGAGAUCAAUGGGCCAGCCUCAGUUCAGAAAUUGCCCAAGGCAACCCCCGAGGCGAGCAAGGCACUUGGAGUUGUUAAUGGACAGCCUCUCCCGAUGCGAUACCCUUGA